AUGCUCUAUGUCGAGACCGGGGAGCCUAGGAUUCCUUCUAGGUUGCAACCCCCUGCAGACACACCCUCGCCUGGUCUCGAUACCAGCAAGACUCAUGAAUUUCCGCUGCCUGCCCCAAGUGAAAGUGGCAAGGAGUACUAUGCCGCGCUCCAGAGCACAAUUGCUCAAGCAAAGGCGAUAUUAGGCGAGGAAUUGACUGUUUGGAGAGAUGCAGUCGGGAAAGGGGAGCAAGCAAAGGAAUGCAAAGUAUCGACGAAAGCCGAAGAUGAAGAGGAUGAGGAUGAGAGCGAGGCGGAGGACUGA